AUGAACAAGUGCCCAGACGACACCGAUGAUUCGGGAGACGACUCGGACUCGGAGGACAGCUUGACCGACUUUGAAGACUCGGACUCGAGUGACGAGUACAUCCUACCCAAGGCUACCUCUCGCAGUCAGAGGCACCUGCCCCGUUCCCAUUCCGGACAUUCCACCCGCGCCAACCCUCGGUUCCCCCAUGACGACGGGCGUGAUGGUUUCGAAUCCACCCACAACUUGAAGUCAGGCGACGACUCGCGGACGCACGACAACUCCAAGUCCCAACUCUCUUCUUCCUCCUCGUCCUCGUCCUCGUCGGAGGACGAGGACAAGGAUAUCAACUACCGGCCCCCAUAUUAUGUCAAGCGCCGCAAACCUGCCCACCUCCGCUCCAGUCCUCGCCUGCAAGGCCGCUUUGAUCCAGUGUCAGAGGAGAGGGAUGAACUCGACAGCAUCAAGGAGGAGGAGGAGGAGGAGGAGGAGGAGGAUAUCGUCGUAGACGUCAAACCGGAGAACGAGCUCCGUCACUCCGUGGAGGAGGACGAGCCCAGCAACGCCGUGAACGAGAACGAACUGGGAUAUGUCGUGGACGAGAACCAGCUCGACUAUGUCGUGAAGAUGGAGGACGAGCUCGACUAUGUCAUGGCCGAGAACCAUAUCCACUAUGUCGUGAAGAUGGAGGACGAGCCUGAACGCACCGUGGAGGAGGAGGAGCUCGGCCGUGCCAGGAAGGAGGAGGAGGAGCUCGGCCGUGCCAGGAAGGAGGACGAGGUCAACAACGACGCCGAACCCCUUGGUUUCACCAUCAAGAAAGAGCCAGGCGAGCCGGGCGAUGACAUCGCCAGCGCCUAUCACAACCCCGAGCGGGCCUCCGCUGAUCGCAUCAAGCAUUACCGCCCUUAA